AUGAUCAACAUAUCCGCGAUUGUUGAGGCGAUUCAAAUUUUGUCGAGACUGGAUGCAAUUAGCACUCAAGACCUUAUACCGUACCGAACCACGUUGGAACAAACCUUUCGAAUUAUAGAGAAAACACUAGACACUAUUCCGAGCGACGCUCCUCGGUCGGAAACCAGUCUCCAACAUUCUUCCCAGCAGCCUACACCAACAAUUUCCAUUACUUGCUCGGAAACACCUGCUAGCAGUGGGACGUCCUGCACUACCCAAUCGUCGGUGGAAGAGACCGGUGAAAACAAUGGCACGACCGAGGAAGCAUCAGAAGCCAUGGAUGCUCAAAGACUUAUGGAUGCGCUUCAUGGUGCCCGUCGAUCUGAAAAGGUUUUCAAGUAUUUAUCAUCUCAGCGCGAUCCACUUGCGCAGACCGGUGACGACUGGGUCCAAGAGGACCCUCGUGUGGUCGAUAUCCGACUUUGUAACCGAGGCUGCUCACUGGAUGCGUGUUUCCGACGCGGACUUGGACAAAGGUCCCUCGCAAUAGAGUUCGAUGAAUGGGAACGUGAAGUUUUCGGAACAUCACGAGUGUCUGGGCGUUCUCUAGAUCCGGAGGCAAUUGACGAUAACAGUGGGCUCAUCAACAGGUUCCUGGCACAAAACGCUAUUCCAUUCAAAAACAAAGAAUCGGCAUCUCAUGGUAUUAGAGACGGCAUUCGUUUGCUCGUUUUCGAACGGAUAUAUGGCCACGUUGGGGUGUCAGCCAUUCUGACAUUAUUGUUCACUUUGUUUCGCGACGUCAAGUAUGGAAGUUUCGUGGCCCUGAAACAUCUGCUUCGCAAAUCUGGUGCCUGGCAUGAUCUGGCAAAGGACAAAUCCUCAUGGUUGACUGCCUGUCAAAUUCGAUAUGAUGCGCCACGGGAAAGAAGCGUUCCGCUGGCUAUCUCUGAAUUGAUCAAUCAGGAUUCGGAGCCUCGACCUCUGACUCACUCGAGGAAUACCGAAACCGAUAUGAGCUCUGCCAGGGGUCGUAGUACGGAAGCGGCUGCAUAUCUGACAAGACAGAUACAACCAGUUUUUGAGCAUGAAAGUAGAGUCUUGGAACUCCGCACCCGAUAUGACAUGGAUCAAGUUCCACCAAAUUUCAAUCGAUGUGACUAUGGAAAGAUCCGGCCACUCAGCCAAGAUGAGACCCUGAAUAUGAAUCUCUGCACCCAGUUUGACCCUGGCCGCAUCCCUCCAGCAUUCAACCAAUUUGACUACGGUACGAUCCCGUCAGUAAGCCAGGAUGAGACGGUGGAUAUGGAUCUCUGCGCCCAGUUUGACCCUGGCCGCAUCCCUCCAGCAUUCAACCAAUUUGACUACGGUACGAUCCCGUCAGUAAGCCAGGAUGAGACGGUGGAUAUGGAUCUCUGCGCCCAGUUUGACCCUGGCCGCAUCCCUCCAGCAUUCAACCAAUUUGACUACGGGACGAUCCCGUCAGUAAGCCAGGAUGAGACGGUGGAUAUGGAUCUCUGCGCCCAGUUUGACCCUGGCCGCAUCCCUCCAGCAUUCAACCAAUUUGACUACGGGACGAUCCCGUCAGUAAGCCAGGAUGAGACGGUGGAUAUGGAUCUCUGCGCCCAGUUUGAAGAUGCUGGCCGCCCUCCAGUCUUCAAUCCCGGCUAUGGAACUAUUUCAUCAACUACCCAGAGCGAAGACCAAUAUGAGGGCCUCCGCAAUUACGACAAUAAUUUUCCAUAUCGCGAACGCCAUAUGCUUUCCGUGUUUUGA